CUCGGUCAUGUCAGUGUAUUCGAGGUUUGUGUAUCGGAGCUAGCACAACAAAAUGACCCCUCGAUGUGUGUACCUCGGAUGUAUCGUCGUGUUUGGAUUAAUGACAUGUCCUGCUGCAUAUUUCAACAUGUAUCUUGACUCGGCGGAGACGUUUAGACUUCUAGGUAUAAAUGCUGAGCUGUACUAUGUCCGGAAUGGCAUCAUCAAUGACUAUGCUUUGUCGUUUGAGCUUCUUAUACAACCCAACAUAGACAAAAUCUACUUCACAUGGCAAAGUAUUCGUCAACAGAUAAUGUUUUACAGUUUAAAGACCAAUACCUCCAAUCCGAGGGCAAUGCUGCCACCUGUGGCUAACAUCACUAGCGAGGGAAAAGUCCCUAGUACCCUGUCUGUGUUCCAUGUGAAGGUUCCGUGUACAGGGCGACUCAACAGGGAGGUCCACUUCGUCAUUCAGAUGGAGGUCAGCAUCUUCUCGGUCGUCAACAAAACCGUCAUUAACAUCCGACGCAAGAAAAACUGCCAAAUAGAUUCAUCAAUAUCAAGGCCAUUUCUCCAUGACCAGCCGUUAGGUGUCUAUCCAUUUACCUCACUGCCUCCCACCAAAAAUACCACAGUCCAUCAGGUGUCUCCCCCAGAACCGGCCGGGGCUCAUACCAUGUCAACCCAUAUUUUCUACAUUGCUGUUGGGUGUGCUUGUGCUGUGAUACUCCUGAUCGCUCUGGCUGUGGCAGUGUACUAUCUCAACACACAGAAAAAUAACAACCGCGGGUACACAGACCGAAUCAAAUACUAUGAUAAUACCAGUAGUUCACAGGCACUGACCAAACAACAGAGCCAGUCAUUCUUACGGGUGGAGACACCUGUCGACAUCAGUAUCAAGGGAUCAGUGAGAAAUUGUUCUGUACUUGGACCUUCACCUAUACCAGAGUUGUCUCCUCCUGACCCUAAAGAAAUGUUAAAGGAAAUUGCAAUCAGUAGAAAAAGAAUUUCUUUAGCGGAAAUGUUAUUAGAAGGCACAUUUGGAAAAAUCUACCAAGGCACAUUACUCAGUGAGGAAGAUACCACUUUUGGGGCUGACCAAGAAAUUAUAGUUAAAACUGUCACAGAUCAGGCAAGAUCAGACCAGGUGCAUUUAUUCCUCACCGAGAGCUGUAUGAUGAAGGGUCUCGUUCACCAAAACAUUUACCCUAUCAUCGGGGCCUGUGUGGAGGACCAGUGUUGUCCCUAUAUUAUUUAUCCAAAUAUUACAGAAGGCAACCUUAAAAAGUUUUUACAGAAGUGUGGGGUAUCUGAUACAGGCUCUCACUGUACGUUAUCUACACAACAACUUGUGUAUCUAGCGAUACAGAUAGUGAGAGGUAUACAGUUCCUACACAGAAAAAAGAUCAUACACAAAGACAUAGCCACAAGGAACUGUGUCAUAGACAACGACCUGGUUUUAAAGAUAACAGACAACGCCCUUUCACGGGAUCUGUUUUCGGGAGAUUACAAUUGUCUCGGUGACAAUGAGAACCGACCAAUUAAAUGGUUAUCUAUCGAAGCUCUGAUAGAAAGACGAUUUUCUACAGGCAGUGAUGUGUGGUCGUUUGGCGUGACUUUGUGGGAGUUGAUGACUGUUGGUCAGCAGCCUUACGCUGACAUUGAUCCGUUUGAGAUGGCGGCCUACCUUCGUGAGGGUUACAGAAUAGCUCAGCCAAUCAACUGCCCUGAUGAGCUGUUUUCUGUGAUGGCUUGCUGCUGGGCUGGAACGCCAGAAGAACGACCAAAAUUCUCACAGCUCCUCAUAUGUUUGCAGGACUUCUACACAGCUCUAGGACAGUACAUCUGAUCAAAUUCUCACAAAUAACCAACAUUUUGUCUCCAGCUGGCCAGUGCACAUGUUCUCCAAAAUAACUUUUUAUGAUUUCUUAUGGCUUUUGAAUAUCAUAUGGUUGCUAUGUAUAAGUGAAUGACUUAAAAACUGUUGUUAAAUGUCGAAAAUUAUUUGGAAGAUGUCAUGUCUGAACAUGAAUAUUUGAAAAAUAAUUGCUUGAAGGAUUUCAAUCUUCUUCUCAUUUUGUUCAUGGGGAGAAACUGUUCUGGAUGCUGGAAAUAUAAUCAUAAUGCAUGUAAUAUUUUAUACGAUGAAAUGUUGUGAAAAACAACUGGAAAACCUCUUGAUUAAGAUUCCUUUUGUGAGGAAUGUGUGUACAACUUCUUCCCGACUACGGAGUAAUGCCUAUUCUUCACCUAAUGGUGCACGUCAUUGACUUAGGCCAACUUACAGCAUUAAGGAUUUGUCAGAUAAUUAUCAUGUUUUACUGUUGUACAUGUAUCUAUAGCAUUGUUUAUUGUAGCCAAAAGUUUCCUUGGCAUAUUAACUUUUAACUGUACAGUUCAUUGAACGGAAAUAUUUAAUUCCAGGCAUUAUCUUAGAAUGACAAUCUGCUAAAAUAGUGUACAGGGUAAUUGAUGUUUACCACAAAGGGGACAAUUUACAGUAUAGUACUACUUGUUCUACAUUGCGCUAAACAGAAAUUGUUCUCGCUGAUACAAAAAAAGGAAGAAAAAAAAAAGAAAACUGCAUGCUGUAGUCCUCCUUUUCAUCAAAGUUAUUUUUUAUCUCCUUACAUAUUUGUCAGUAUAUUCUGGAUCUCAUUUUUCCUCGAUCCUGACAACUAAAACAGCACAUGAUUCUCAUGUAAAAAUUAAAAUUUUAAUUUAAAUAAAGUAUACCAACAAAUUUGAACUUGAUAAAUACAACCUCGACUAAGUCCUUAAUAUUGAAAACUUUACAUCAUUUUCAAAAUGCGUCAAUAUUAAGUAAAGGUGGAUUUUGAUAUAACCACAACAGUCACUGUAAUUAAAUUUUCGAAAAAAAAUAAGAAGAUACUCUUUGACUCCUAACUAUCCAAAAUAAGUCUUAAAAUUAAUAAUAUCACAACAAACAUCCAAAAGAUUUACAACAUGGUCCCAGAAUAUCAAAAACAUAAAAGAAAACAUUUACCCAUACAACAGAAGUUAACAGAAAUGCUGCAAAGAAAGUUUUCACAGGGUGUGCAAAGCCUAAAUUCAAUCCAAACCAUGGUUCGUCGAACUCAACAGUUCCAAUCUCCAGGGGAACUCUCUUAUCCUGCCCUGACAUCCUUACAGAGAUAGGGUUAAUGUUGACUGCUUUUCUGGGCUGUUCCGACCCUAGAAAAUCUUUGUUUUUCUAAAUUCCUGUGGUAGCUAGUCUGGAUUUCUGUGACUGACAGGUAUAUGAUCCUUUGGACAUCCCUAACACUGGACCAUAGGUCCAUUAAAUAGCUUGAUGAAGGUUGUGUGUGUUAUCAAUAUCGAUGAACCUUUUCCAACAAUAUCAGCACACCAUUGCAGUGAGAAAAGUUAAAGAAAAGUAAGGUGAAAGUAUAUGUAAAUAAAGCAGUUCUAAAUAGUAGUAUGAACAGUACAGAAUAGACAUAAAGUCCCAAAAAUUGAGUUAAUUUUCCAAUUAAUGAGCCUAAAAGGGAGUGUCCAAAAGUUAAACAAAUAUCUACACUAGUAUAAUAAAUGAAAUGAACUUCAUUCGAGGCAUCCCAUUAAUAUAUCAAUAUUUAAGUACAAAUUUUACUUUAUAUUUUUGCAAUCCAGUUUUAAUUUUUAAUAACAGACAGGACAUUGAAUACCCACAAUAGUCCUAAAACUUUUUGAGGAGGUUUAGUGAAGUUAAUUCUUGAUUUGAUUUUCCAGCUGAUAACGAUGAAAAUUACUAAGCAAAAACUUGCUGCCCAGUAUUCAACAUCCUGGAAGCUUCUGUUGACAUUGGAAUGGAUUGUCUUUUACUCUUAGUAAUACUGCACAAUUAUGUGAGGUUUUUAUGGUUGUGAAAAUGUUUACACACAAAAUCACAAAUACAAACAUAUAUUUUAGUGUCUAAAACUACCAUAUUGUUGAAGUUUAGGUUGUAUGGUGAUAUCCCAAUUUUCGUAUUGUUCUGGUUGUUAAACUUUGUAUAAAAGCAGGUUAACACUAUAUCUACUUUUCAUAUAUAGUCUAGUAAAUAGUGCAAGAUCAACCUGUUGACUUAGUGUGAUAGGUAAAUGCAUGUUAUAAAUUAUUCAAGUUUAUCCUGUGGCUGUUCUAGGUUCCUGUAAUCUCAACCAAUGGUUCAUAAUAGUAGUUUUACAAUGUAAUAACAUAGUGUGUGAUAUAACAAUGAUUUUAUUCUAAUCUGUAAUGAAAUAUUCCCCUCGUGACCUUAUGUUUUAAUUUCAUACCGGUAAACAUUUUGAAAGUCUUCCAAAAUAAGGGACACACUGCUGAAUGUUCAACUUUGAAUUCAACGUGCAUUCAGUUUUGAAAUAUUUUGGCUGUCACUCCAAUCCUAGGAAUGUCUUCAAUCUUACAGUUAUCUCCCCUUCGGUCACUGUGACAGUCGGCUCCCCUUACCUUUACUGUGACAGUUUUCUCCAUUUACCUUUACUGCGACAGUUUUCUCCAUUUGCCUUUACUGUGACAGUUUUCUCCAUUUACCUUUCCUGCGACAGUUUU